AUGUCAUUUAAUUGCAUAGGUUUGCGUCCACAUGUUGUUUACAACAGAUUAAAGAGAACUAAAAUCGAGGUCAACAGAGACAUUGAUAAGGGAACCCUUAAUGUUCCAGACGCAAGAAAGGCCUGGAGAGACUACCACAAAUUCGUUGAAAAAGCAAGAUCAGCUAUUCAUGGCCGUGGGAUGCUCUUAGAUAUCCAUGGCCAAGUUCAUGACAAAGGAAGAAUUGAGCUUGGCUACUUCAUUAGCGGAAGCCAACUUAAUAACGAUGAUUUUACUGCAGAUAACACUUCAAUCAGAAACCUUGGCAAACAGUGGUGUGGAGAUGAUCCUUCCUGUUUUAAAAUGUUCGUUCAUGGUCACCGAAGUCUUGGUUACUUUCUAAAUCAGGAAGGGCUGCGUGUGGUGCCUUCUCCCCAAGACCCGGCACCGAACAACACAGUCUACCUCUAUGGGAAAUACACGGUGCAGAAUCAUGGAUCGCGCUGUGGAGGUCUUAUUGAUGCCAUUCAGAUGGAGUUUCCUUUAAGUUUAAGCAGUAAAUCUGGAUGGAAAAGAGUUAAACAUAGGGUGGUUAGAGCCAUUUUUGAGUUUUUGAAGCUGAAUUAUGGU